UGCUUGGCAUUUGAGAAAUAUAGCGGUUUCACGAAAUCCAUUGAGUGGCGUUCUUCCUACUUAUAUCGGGAACCUUUCAAAAUCCCUUCAAUACUUUUAUGCCUCUAUUUGUGAGCUUCAAGGCAUUAUUCCUAUGGAAAUAGGUAACUUAAACAACCUAUUUCUUUUAGAACUUGGCUAUAAUAAAUUAAGUGGAUUCAUUCCAACAUCAAUAGGAGGACUGCGAAAUCUCCAAAGUCUAGGUCUUUCCUCUAAUAAAUUAGGAGGGCCUAUCUUAGAAAGCCUCUGUGGUUUGGAGAGACUAUACAAGAUGCAUUUAGGGUGGAAUAAGUUGCAUGGAUCCAUACCCUCUUGUUUGGGUAAUAUUACUUCUUUGGGAUAUCUUUACUUAGAUUCCAACAAAUUGAGUUUCGCAAUACCCUCAACUUUGUGGAAUCUUAAAGAUAUCUUAGAAAUAGAUUUAUCAUCAAACCAUCUUCACAAUUCACAUGCUAUUGAUGUUGGAAAUUUGAGGAGUCUACUGAAACUAAAUUUAUCAAGGAAUCUUCUCACGGGCGAUAUCUUAUCCAUAUUUGGGGGUCUUCAAACUUUGGUUUCAUUAGAUUUAUCAAAUAAUAUACUACAUGGUCAUAUCCCUAAAUCAUUUGAUGGGUUGAUUAGUUUGGAAUUCUUGGAUUUAUGCAAUAACAAUCUCUCUGGAGUCAUUCCCAAAUCUUUGGAAAAGCUUUUAUAUCUAAAGUAUUUUAAUGUGUCUUUCAAUAGACUUGAAGGGGAAAUUCCCAGCAAAGGAUAUUUUUCAAACUUUUCUAGCACAUCAUUCAUGAAGAAUUAUGCACUUUGUGGUCCACCUAGAUUGCUAGUCCCACCUUGCAAAAACGACAUCCACAAAAACUCCCAAAUGAUUAUAUUGCAUACUUUUAGGUAUGGUUUACCAACAAUUGGUAUUGUCGUAGUACUAAUAGUCUUAACUAUUAUGUAUAGAAGAUGCCAAAGAAGGAGUACAACUCUACCAAUCAAAGAUGAUUUGUUGUCUUUGAAAACACCGAGAAGAAUUUCACAUGCUGAACUUUCACGAGCAACUAAUGGAUUUGAGGAAAGAAAUAUGCUUGGUUCUGGGAGUUUUGGAUAUGUAUAUAAAGGGAGGCUUUCAGAUGGAAUGGAAGUUGCAAUAAAAGUUUUCAAUUUGCAAACAGAGGGAGCAUUUAGGAGUUUUGACAUUGAAUGUGAUGCUAUGCGUAAUAUAGUUCAUCGUAAUAUUGUGAAGGUCAUUACUUGCUGCUCAAGUGUUGACUUCAAAGCCUUAGUGCUUGAUUACAUGUCUAAUGGAAGCCUUGAGAAAUGCUUACAUGCUGAAAAUUGUUUCCUUGAUAUCAUACAAAGGAUCGACAUAAUGAUAGAUGUUGCGGUAGCUAUAGAACACCUCCACAAUGGACAUCCAACACCUAUAAUUCAUUGUGACAUAAAACCAAGCAAUAUUUUACUAGAUGAAGACAUGGUUGCACAUGUUGGAGAUUUUGGCGUUUCCAAAUUGUUGGGAGAAGGUGAAGUAAUGAAGCAAACCAUGACUCUUGCAACUAUCGGGUAUAUGGCACCAGAAUUUGGAUCAGCAGGAAUUGUUUCUAUAAAAUCUGACGUCUAUAGUUAUGGGAUCGUACUUAUAGAAACUUUCACAAAGAAAAAGCCAACUGAUAAUGUGUUUGUUGAAGAAGAGACUAUAAGGCAUUGGAUGGAAAGAUCAUUGCCUAAAGGAGCGAUAGAAAUUGCAGAUGUUGAUUUAUUAAGAAGAGAGGAUGAGUAUAUUGUUGUUAAAGCAAAUUGUAUUUCAUCAAUCAUGGAGUUGGCUUUGAAUUGUUCAGCUGAGUUACCAGAAGAAAGAAAAGAUAUGAAAGAUGUUGUGGUUGAGCUGAAGAAAAUCAAACAAAGGCUGCUAAACAACAUCGAACAUUUUUAACAGAGAUGGUGAGUAAUGAGUACACUUGUGGUUAUUAAUUCACACUUAAUUUUAUCUUUAAUUCAACAUCUUUAAUCUAUUCUGGAAUUUUAAUCAUAUAUAUAAUAUGUCGGUAUUCGUAAAAAUUAAUAAACUAUUUUUUUCUUUUGCUCUCACGUACUAGGCUCUCUUCAAAAUUAAUAUUCUAUACUUUUAUAAUUUUUAAAGGAUUAAAUCAAAGUUUUAUCAUUUUGGGAGGGGCCAAAGUAUAAUUUUACGUUUAUUAAUUUAAAAUUUUAAAAAUUUUAAAGGGCCUAAAUGAAAAAUUUUUAAUUUUAAGGGGGGUCGGGACCCCUGCCAACUCCCCUAGGUACGGCCCUAUUAACAAAGCCGUCAACAAAUGAUAUUGUUCUCAUGUUAGGGUGUACGGCCCUAUUAACAAAGCCCUCAACAAAUGGUAUUGUUCUCAUGUUAGGGUUUUGUCUCUUGAUUCUGCUAAGAGCCCUAUGGGUUCAUGGAGAUGGUUGCAAGGUAAAGGCUACACCUGCAUUGGUUGGUAGUUUGAAUCCCUACGCACAUAUCCUCAAUGAUUAUUCCGCAGAGGCUAGGGAUAAAAUCCCGACAUAGGGACACUACCAUUAGUUGUUGAGGGCAGCACCGAUUGCCUAGCAAACAACAUUCAAAAGACUUCUCCUAAAAGAGUCGAUCUCCCUCAACAAAAAGUCAAGUACAAGGUCUAUUAUGGGUGAUCAUAAAUUAUACAAUCAAUGACAUAAGUUUUAUCGAUUUUCAAGUAUUUUCUAACUCUUUCUCUUUAUUUUCUUCUAAAUUUUUCUUCUACAAAACAAAGAGACUUUUUUCUCGAUGAAAUUUGUAUUGGGCUAUCAAUGUUUCAUGGAUUAUGUUGUUUUUCUAAUGUAAGAUUGGGUUUUGCCAAUAUUGCAUGCAAAAUCAAA